AUGUUCUCUGUUUCUGCAGUGCAACCUGACGUGUUUGAGCUGCUGAAUUUGUUUCUCUCUUUCUUUUCCUUAGAAUUCUCCGGCCAAAAUACCUACAAAGAGGAUAAGAAUCUUUUGCUUAUCAUUCAAGAAAAGGGGAUCAGUAACUGGUUUGAUAUUUCAGUCUCAUUAGGGACUAACAGGACCCCAUUUCAAUGUUUGGCUCGUUAUCAGAGAAGUUUGAAUGCUUCCAUACUGAAAGGGGAAUGGACUGAGGAUGAGGAUGAACAACUGUGCUUGGCUGUAGAAGUUUUUGGUGAGACCAUGAGAGUAACUGGCAAUGUAUGGAAGAAAACGCUUCACCCUACGAGGCAAAGAAUUGGGAGAUGGACCCCAGAUGAAGAUAAACGCCUGACAGUAGCUACCAUUCUUUUUGGGCCCAAGAACUGGAAGAAAAUAGCUCAAUUUGUGCCAGGUCGUACUCAAGUGCAGUGUAGAGAGAGAUGGGUCAACUCUUUGGAUCCUUCUGUGAAUAGAGGUGAAUGGACUGAAGAAGAUGAUUUGAUGUUGGAAGCUGCAUUGGAAGAACAUGGAUAUAGCUGGUCCAAGGUUGCUGCUGCAUUGCCUGGACGAACUGAUAACCAGUGCUGGAGGUAUGAAGUGGUUGGAUUUUACAUAUAG